CACCCCCAUCACACACUCACAUCAUCACAACAACAACAACACCCCAAAUAAUAAAAACACCCCUUUUCUUCCUAGUGAAAAAACAGGACAUAAACAUGAGGAUGACCACUUUCGUACACCCCACCUUAACCCCGGAGAAGAACACAUUCUCCAUUGCUCCAGCAUCAACCACGACGUUCUCAACACAGCCGAGAUCACCAUGGCACUCGCCGGUGCCUUACCUUUUCGGAGGCUUAGCGGCGAUGCUCGGCCUAAUAGCCUUUGCCCUCUUGAUAUUGGCUUGCUCUUACUGGAAAUUGGCUAGAAACGACGACGAUGCCCAACGACAAGGCAAUGAGGGAGGGGAUAUUGAGAAUGGUGAGAAAGUAGAUGGAGUUAGUAAGAUGAAUGGAAUUCCUGUUUAUGAAGAGAAGAUUGUGGUUAUUAUGGCUGGCAAUGAUAAGCCUACUUUCUUAGCUACCCCUGCCUUAAUGUUGUUGCCCAACAUAAUUUCUAAUGAUCAUCUAAAGGUUAGUAAUAACAAUAUUGCUAAGGAUCAAGAUGAGGGAACCAAUGAUGAUGAGAAGCCUAAAGAAGAUGAAACCACUCACCCACAUAUUUAAUUAAUUACUAAACCUCUUCUUAGGGUAACAAACACAGGGUAAGGAUUCUCUCCAGUUACUGGACCAUCGAGUUAUUAGAUUUAGAGAGACAUGAACUAUUUCUCUAGUUACUUGACCAUCCAUUAACUUGAGAUAAACUCAACCCAUCAAUUUUGAAAUUAGCUUAGAAUGACCCAUAUGGAUAUAUAUAUAUAUAUAUAUAUAUAUAUAUUUUUUUUUUAUCUUUUUCCCCUCUUUUUUGGUUACCUUGCGGGAAAUGUAUACAAGAGGAGAAAUUAUUUUCGACUCUGUUAUGUAAUAUUUCGUGUGUAAGUUGAUAUGGAAUUAUUUCUUCAUUACUUAA